AGGAGGUUCUGGAACUGUUUUUGAAAGUCGAUGUUGCUGGAAGGUAAUUUCUACAUUCCUUGUUGAUUAUCUCCACAUCAAUGAGUUUACGGCGUCAUUUUGACCGGAAGAACCAGGAGACCAACACCAUGCAGGACCUGCGGAGCUCGCUCCGGAGUCUGAGCCAGACCAUGCAGGGUUUGCUCGGUCCGCAACCAACGCGACACCAGUUCGGCACGGACCAGACCCCGCCGAGGCUGAGAAUACCAAUUACGACAACCACGCCCUUGCGUGGGAAGAGCGUCGGUAGUUGUAACACUCCGACCAGUGGGCAAAUAAAACCGCUUUCCGCAAAGGACCGCAUGGUGACGAGCACGCCGAAGAGCGGUAAGAGCAGCCCGUUUUUGUUCAUGAACGACAAUUCCGGAGUAGCAGUGCCGUCCUCGUCGAGACAAGUCGCACAACAACCACCUUCACUUUCUGGAAUAAACGCAACAUUUGCCGUUCCCCAGGCCCGAACCGCGAGCGCGCAGUCCGCGUUUACAGCCCGGACGCUGUCGGGAACAACCACGAACUCCGUACUCGGUGCCUCCCGCGGUCCGACGACCAAGGCGCAGGUCCAUCCAGAUGUGCACGUGACCCACGCGGAGGUCCAGGCGUAUCAAAUGUAAAAAUGUCUGGGUCUGGAAGAAUGCAACUUGUGAUGCUGCGUUUGGAUGUCUAAAAAAUUUGUGUUGCAUGAGCACCACAAGGAAACUAAUUUUUGCUGCGCGGAAAAGGCAUUUUUCAUGCGGAAUAGGCAUUGGGAAGCCCUCUACAAAUCUGUGAUGCUAGAUCAUGCAUUAGAGGCAUCAUGGAUCAUACAACAUAUGCAUGACAAGUCUCAGAAUCUUCCAGACCCAGACAUUUUUACAUUUGAUAAGGCGGGCCGGUUGUCGAUGUCCCGGAUACCGCACCACGAACACGUGAAGAAGCGGCACAUCAUUCUCCACGGCGGGCUAUCAAAUGUAAAAAUGUCUGGGUCUGGAAGGUUGGAACUUGUGAUGCUAACUUUGGACUCUAAAAAAAUCUGUAUUGCAUGACCAGCAAUAGGAGCCCAGUUUGUGCUACGCGGGGAGGGCAUUUGUCAUGCGGGAUAGGCAUUAAGAAGGCCUCAAAAAAUAUGUGAUGCCAGAUCAUGCAUUACAGACAUCCUGAGUCAUGUAAAAUAUGCAUAGACAAACCUGGCAACCUUCCAGACCCAGACACUUUUACAUUUGAUACGGGCAAACCCCGGCGAACUCGCCUUCGAAACAAACGAUCGUGAACAAUGCCUCCGGUCCGCCGAGUAAGAGCAGCGUGGCCACGGUGGGAGGAGGCAGUGCAACAGCUUCGGGAGGUGCUUUUUCUGGUCCUCCAGGUGCUGGAAUAGGUGCGAUUGCAGGAGCUGGAUCUAGUACUGUCCGCACCCCACCGUCCUCAGUGACCGCGACGCCGUUCAACACACCGCAACAGUUUAAACCGGUGCAGCUGACCGCGCGGCCGGCGGGGCAGGUGUUGCAGGUCGAGAAGGGGCAUCUGGACCCCCGCCACCCGUUGUCUUCGUCCACAGAGAGCUUCGCUACGGCGAGCAAAUUGGACCGGGCAGCGGCGAACGCGGUGGUGAAUAGCAGCAGUAGUACUACCUCAGGUCCUCUCGUCGUCGGUGCAAACAGCACUGUGACAGCCACAACUACAACGCUAUCCCCAUCCAAACGCUCCUCCUCCGCGGGGCCGGCGAAGAAGGUCAACUUCGCGUCCGGGAUUGAGGGCGGGUUAUCGCAAAUGAGUACUACUGCAUCUUCUUCGAACAUGAUGUCGAAUACUUCUUCCGUCGCCGGAUCUAUGGCCCGAAGUAGUAGUUCGGGCGUGAGCAAGAUGAGAUCGGCGACGAGGAGACUGCUCAAACUCCACCAAGCCCCCCAGUUUUCGGAGAACGCGUCGCCGAAACUCGCCAGAUUCUCCAUGAAGGAGGGCGAGAAGCCGGAGUUGCCGCACGUCUUCCGCUAUCAACUGCAAUUAUGUCUGGUUCUGGAAACUUGUAAUGCUGUGUUGGGAAUAGUGCAUGCGCUGUAAUGCACAGGCAAGCAUGAGUAAUAUCUGCGCUUCUUUGUGUUGCGUUUUUCGCAUGACAUGACAGGCAAAAGGGUCUCUUCUUGGACACGCAUCAUAAACUUGUUGGUCAUGCCAGACAAGCAUGACAAAUGCAAAUCUCGCAAUCUUCCUGACCCAGACACUUUUGCAUUUGAUAUCCGCUCGGAGUCGCCCGCUCUGCGCGACCUGGCGGUGGAGAAAGACAAGCCGCACCCGCACGUGCACACGGCGAGACAACACCUGAAGUCCGCGGUUGCCGCGGUCCGGACGAACAUGCCGGUGAUCCCAAAAAUCGUGUUGCCGGGGCAAAAAAGACCCAUGCCGAAAAGCGGAACGCCCGUGGUGACAACUGCAACCACGCCGACAACGGAUCUGACGGUGAACAACGCGGUGCCGUCCACGACCGAUAUUAACAGUAGAAUGCUGCCGCCGGGGACCACUUCUGCUGGAGUUGCGAAGCACGAGAAGGUAGGAACCCCGGUGAACUUGAACCCGACAACGUCUUCUAGCGGUAUGGCAACUUCUGCUGCAAGUAACACGACAGCUGGCAGACCGCAGCCAAAAGUGCCGGCCUCUCUACUCGUCGCGCCACAAGAAAGCAUGAGUGGCAGCACAAGGACUCAGCUAGAAGUUCCUCCCCCGCUCUCUGCUCGCGGGAACAAGGGCACCACUGCAAAUCCGCCAGUUCCAGAAGUGCCACCAACCAUGAUUCCGGACACGACGAAGAACCUGGCGAACGUCACCCUCGACAACCUCAACGCCCAUAUCGACGACCACUUCACGCACAGUAUCUUCACCAGUGGCGAACUGUCCGGCGACAGCGCCACCGAAUCCGCAACGGCGCUCGCGACAGCGCCGACGGGGCCGUCUUCCGCGCGGUCUGGGUCACUGAUCAUCGACCGGCGCGGGGAAGCAACUGCUGCACCGGGCGGCGGGUAUCUGGCCUCCAAGCCCUUCACGGAAACCAGUCCGCGACGCGUCCCGGUUGGCGAGGGCGAAGAGCAGGCGUUUGGGGAAGUAGAAGCAGAGGAGUUCGUCGAUGUGGAAGAGCAGCAUACCAGUGCGCGAAGGGGACCCGCAGUAGAGCCACAAUCUGCUGCUGCGACAGUACUAGACGCCGCGAACAAUUCGAAACCAGUACAACCACAGCAACAGCCUUUUGUCGCCUCUGUUGCGACCAUUGAUAAUGAGAUGGAUGUUGUUGAAGUUGAGCAGGAACAAGUUGUGGCUGCGUCUGCUGUGUUGAAGAUUCUCGAAGAGGAGAAAGUGCCUACAAAGGAAUUGGAACAAUUUCCAGACGAGGAAGCGGAACUCAGCAGCGUCGCCGGGACCUUGUUACCAGAGGCGGAAGCUAUGAUCGGGGCCGCUGCUGCUACAGGUGCUUCGAAGCAGGCGGUCGUGCUGACUGGAGGUGCGUCCUCGAAGCAGGCCGAAGCCCAGCAGACCAGAGACGGUUUCGUCAGCCAACGAGUCGCAAGCAUCGAGGAAAGCGAGAAGAGGAUGUCAGGGUUUUCACCGGAAAGUAGACCCGCGUCUGCUAGUAAACCUAAACCGGAACAAAGACCCACAUCCGCAGUCACUGCAGCACCCAAAUCUUCUAUUACCGCGCGACAGCAACAAGCCGCGACUGCUCUCGCGAGACAAAAAUCCGGUUCACGGUCCCCGGAGAGUCCGCGGACGCCGCCGCCGACUCGGGCGAAAAACGACGGGAAUAAUAAUGCGGAUUUAUCCGCCCGGUCCCGCACCCCGCCGUUUUCCUCCCAACAGAUCCAGCCCUCGCCGAUUCAGCAAUUUGACACCCGAAUCGUGGACGCCAUCCACGAAAUCGGGGAGAAACUGAGCCAGAGCAUCCGCGAGACCGUCGCACAGAGCGGGUUCUCCUCCCCGGCAGCCGGGGCCAGGAUGAUGCAGCGGGGGGACCAGGAUCUUCAAACGGCUACUUCUAUCACUGCAACCGGCGGCGCCACGCAGGUGCAGCUCGGCGGACUGAGUCCGACGCAGCGCAGGUUACUGUCUCCGGGGGCGGUGAUUGUCCUGCAAGAACCGAUAAGGGAGGUGAUUGGGGCGGAGGAGGAAGUGUUGCGGCAGGAAGUUCUUAGUACUGGCGGUGGCCUACCUACGGCCUCGUCCACAGCAGGAACUACACUUCUACGGGAGUCCCAGGAACAAUUCUACACGCCGCAAAAUGUCAGCGCAGCGUCGUCCACCGAGUUUGCGGCCAACGAACUCGCCGGUGCUAUCGCGGCCGGAACUUCCCCAAGUCCUCCGACAAGGAUGAACAAUAAGGUGCUCGCGGAGAAACAACCUCCGAUCCAGGCCAGUAGUGGCACCAGCACGCCGACCAGAACGAUGAAUAAAGCUCUCAACCGAGCGCGAACCACGCCUCCAUAUGCCACGAUACCGGAGGAGGAGUUGGAGAAAAUGAAAGAUCAAGAUGACCGGCGCCCAGACUCCCUGUCCCGUUCGCCCCGUACUAGAGGUCGGGGGUCCACCAUCGAGGAGAGAGACGAGGCGAUUCAGACGUCGAUUAUCCGGGAAGACCGCAGCGGCAGCCGCAGUCGGCGGCCCAGCAACGAGGAGGUCUCGGUUUCCAUUUCCGCCCGCCAGCACGGUGUGUCCGUGGCGUCGGACUCCGUCCGGGUUGCGGGCGCUUAUUCGCCGAAGCGGAUUCCGGAAGACGACCCGGACCUGCUGGAGUUGAAGGCCUUGUGGAACAGUUCGUUCCAGAACUCGCCGAGAUUCAAAAAGAAGAUCCUCCACUCGGACGAACGUUCGGUGCAUCGAUUGUACUCCCCAAGCUCCGACCGGUCCCGGUCACAUUCGUUGAGCUUGAAUUUGGGUCCCGGGAUGUCGGGCCCACCACCUGGUACUAGUAUGUAGUGAGGUCACCGAACGGUUCUAACCGGGGAGUUUUUUUGCCAUGUCCCGUGAAAAACGGCCGGCAGUUUCCAAGCGGGCGGAAGCGUUUUUGGACAUAAAAAAUUUGCAAUUAUCAAGCGGCCGGGGCUCUGCCAUCAAACAAGCCCGGUCGAAAACUAUCGAUUCGCACUUGAUAAAACGACGCAGGGGAGCCGGCAAAAGGGGCGCCCUUCUGAGGCGCCCACCCCCUUGGUUUCUGGCGAUUUGGGGCGUCCAAAAAGGGGCGCGCAAAAAACGCGCCCAAAAUCAGAACAGCGAAACAGCAUGGCACGGCCGCGAUUUCGGAGUAUUUUGGGCGGCCGCGAAAGCGGCCGCCUUUUCGCCGGUUUCAGAGCCUGGGAAGCUUUGCAAAAAGCGCCGGCGUGAAAAAUAAAAACGGGAAAAAGAAAAAGCGGCCCGCGCGCGCAAAGCCAAUCCGCAUGCUAUGGGCCCGAUUUUCCUUCGCUUUUUGGGCGCCCCCCGUGGCACCUGGAUCGGCCCCAUAGCAUGGGGGCUGGCUUUCGGUAAGGAAUUUCGGGAAUUUGCCAAAAUUUGCGACGUUUCCCAAGUGGCCGCCAUACCGUGCGGCAUAACGCUACUCGCGGUGGUAUGGCGAGCCCAUAAAAAGCAAAGCCGCGGCCAAGGCUGCGGUCGGCAAAAAAACGCCCACGACCUCACUACCCCCGCCCCGGCGGCUAUAUUUGGUAGUACAACUGGAGCUCCUGCAUCCUCGAGGACGCGGAAUAAGGGUCGUGGAAAGAGCAGGGGAGGAGGGGGAACGAAUACGAUGCGAAGUUCCCUGCAAAACCGGUCGUUGUUCCCAGCCAAUGUGUCGCGGAUCGACCAGGAUCAGAGUUUGAUGGAGGUGGACCAAACGCUGAUCGACCAACUGAACACCAGUAAUGUCAAGGGCACAGCCAGCAAUCCGGGAGGCUCCUCGACCCCGGCGGAUGACAGUGUUUCGAUACCGAGUAGCACGAAAAGGACCAGUCCGGGUGGAGUAGCUCCUGGCGCGAAUGUUGGAGAAGGCGGGUCGCCUUUGGAAAAUUAUAGCAAUUCCGUCGGGACGAGCAAAAUGUCCUCGCCGGGAAGUGGGGAUGUGAAUAUGACGACGGUAAUCUACUUGUCCUUGUGACUCUAUCUGUAGUACUGCUUUACUUUUUUGUUGGUGUUUUUCUUCCUUCACGCACAAACAGUAGGCCGCUGUGUCAACAUAACUCAUUGAGAAUGAGUUAUAUAGAAAUGGUCGUUCAACAGUACGACCAAGAAGCCUGAAAUUUAUCACGACCACCUCAUCCAUCUUGCACAACUCCACAGCUUGUUCCCGGCGGCUCCUCGCCAAAAGUCCGGGAGCCCGUUUCCAGCCGGGGGAACCGGUACACGAAAAAAGUGAAGGAGGACGACCCGGAUCUGCUCGCGUUGAAGCAGAUGUGGACGCCGUUCCAGAUCCGUCCACUCGCCGCCAACCGCGGCGCCAGCCAGGACCGCGUGGUGGUGACGCACGGCGAUUCGCCCUACAAAAACACCACGCGGUCCCGAACCCAGUCCGGCUCGCCGAGUCGGAAGCGGCGGAACAGCGCCAACGGGGAUGUGCUGCCGUGGAGUCAGCAGGGGAUAACUUCCGCGGGUGGUGGUGUCGGAACUGGCGUUGUUCUUGCGCCUGCACCAGCGGUUGUUUCAGAACAUCAAAACCCAAACGAAGAAAUAAAAAGUGCGGGGGAAGGUGGCCCUGCUCUGCCGAAAGACAGCAACGAUGGUCCGGGGUUCGUGUUUUACAAGGAACAAAACACCAGUCUACUCGUUGAAGAUGAAGAUGAUCCGCCGGUCCUUGAACUCCCGAUUCCAGCAGCGCAGGAGGAAAGCAGCAGCAUGAUGAUCAAUCAAAGUGUCCUAAAACUUGACAAAGUUGUUGUUGCAAAACAACAAGAAAUAAAACGUCGAACGGGAGCAGAUGCAGGAGACCAGGACGUUUCUUCAAGAGUAGAACUUGAAAUAGUAACCGAGUCAAGAAACACAAACAGUAGCAAGGAGCUGAGCGGCAUGGUGACGCCGCAGAUGAUCGAGUCCAUGUUCUCGUCCUCCAAAAACAGCAACUUUUUUGACAGCACCGGAGGACCGCAACAGCCGCUGAAAAAGCUAAUCCCGGAGCAGGUGGUGGAGAGAUUGCGGUCCCGCGCGAUAGCUCUGAAGGCACAGCAAAUGAAAGAGAGCAGUGUGGUUCCUCCUGGUGGUGGUAAUUCUGCUAGUACGGAAACAGCUACGAAUUAUGUCGGUGCGGCACAACAAGCUGCAUCGUCCACUUCUCUACUUUCAACAUCCGAGCAGCCUGGAGUCGUGCACGCAAACUCGGCGUCUGCGCAGCUUGCAGCUGGAGGUCCUGGCGCGCUGCACCAGAAUAAGGGUUCUCGCCCUUUAUCCCGCACUUCUUCUCGCGGCCGCGGGAUUGCCCCCGGUACUACGCGAAUUGCAAGCGGGCUGAGUCAAUCGAUGGUUUUUUCCGGCACAUCGACAAGCACGUCGAUCAACCGCACAAACUCCGCCGGCAAGAGCGCGUUUGGUGCGCAGCGAAGCAACAGCACUGCAAACAGCCGCGGUAGACUGCAGCACCAAACUGGUGGCUUCAGCCGCAGCAGCGCUGGCGACUACGUCGUGCCUGCAAAUUCCUUUGCCGCCAGCCGGGAGCGGGAGGCCGCACAGUCAACGAUCAGUUUGCUGGGGGGAAACGCGAGCUUCAAAGCCGGGGUACGACGCUCCUCUUCUGUCAACGCACUAAGUGGGCGAGGAGUUGCAGCUGGACCGGCCCAGCAGCAGCACGUAGCUGUCGGCGCAAGUAGACCUAGUACAGGUCACACCGUCGAAGAGGUCCGUCGGCGAAAGGGCGGCGCGCCGUAUCGUGUGCCGAGUCCGGGGAAGGGUGGACCUUCAAAUAGGAACAGCAACGGUGCGAGAAACGGGAAUAUCAACAGAAUGUCAAGCGGGCCCAGUCAACAUCACGCAUACCAGCCACCGACUCGCGUCGUUAGCGUCAACAUGCCAUCGGUUGCCACAACAACUGGCCCACCUUCGAAUUUGCGACAAGUAGCAGGAUGCACAGUUACUUCUUCCGCAAGCUGCCAACCUAAGAUCCCCGCAGUUGCAGCAGAAGAUGCGGCACUAGGAUCGUCCAGCAACCCGAACGGCUCCCUCGUAGUUGUCCACCCGCAUAAAAACAACUCAUCUGCUUCUGCGCCCUCGGCCACAACCCCGGGCGCUCCGAGCACAAAACGACCCAGUCCUCUGACCAGCUCGAAGCGGGCCAGCCCUUUAACAAGUUCGAAGCGCCCCAGCCCGCUGCAGCAGCAAGACAGUACCAGGUCGCACUUGCUCAAGCUUGCGCACCAGAGGAGGCAAGGGUCUAUGACUUUGUCGGAAAUCCGGCAGAUCAAAAGCAGGAGCAAGCAGGGGGUAAUAUAUAAAAAUGAUCGCUUUUUUUUUUAUUUUUAGACGUCAGCUUUUUUUCGGAUGCAGAAGUCCCUCCGCAGCAGUACUUGUUACACUCUUCCUCUUGAUGAUUAUGAUUAUGAUGAUUGGCCAGAUGUUGAACGUUCUAUCUCAAAAACGGAACAUCAGCCGACCGCCUCCGAGGUUCGGCACCAACAUGCGAAAGAGAGACGAGAAGCGAUGGAGGCGGCACAGGAGGAGGUUUUGCGACAGAAGGAGCUGCGCAGGGAGAAUAAGGAAAUGCUGGAACGAAGGUAGGGUGAGUUUGGUCAUUCAAGUCAUCGAGGAAUAUCGCUAUUGUCAGCUACUGCCCUCACUUUCUGACUAGUUUCGUGACAAAGACUACAGAGGGUACUUGUCAACUAUCCCACUACCAUUCGUUUCUUUUUCACGAAACAAUCGGAAUAAAUCGGCUAAAGCAAAGAAACAAUCGUAUCACAGUGUCUUCGAACAAGAGCCAUCGUUUACCUUUUCCCGCACGGAGACGCAAAGCAUGUCAAACCUCACCGGCUUUGACGCGGACCAGUUGCAAAUGAAUUCCAGUCGGGUGGAAGUGGUGCCAAAGAAGGACUUCUUUCCAUGGACGUGCAAGAGCCAGGUGCGUUUUUGAUUUGAAGAUGGCGUCGCGAAUUCUUGGUAGAGCAACAUGUUGUCAUAAGGCGACUCGACGAAAGAUCGAAAUGAAAUAUCAAAAUUAUGGAUAAACAGGACGGCAGCGCAGCGGUAUCGCCAAAUGAGUAAAGGGCCCGCCGAUGACAGAGGUUCGGUGGAGGAACGGCUCUUCAAGCUUGAGUAGAAGAUGCAGGGAAAUCAUUCUCACAUUGAACUUCUUUUUUUCUUGUUGGUCACACAACAUUUUCGAGGUAAGAAGCGAAAAAUCGGAAGCAUGGAAAGUUCCGGAAAAUCCAUUUACAGUAGGUACAGAAUAAACAGAUGUAAAACCUGAGCUUCUUCUUGCUACAUCAAGAUCAGAGAGACACCAAUGUACUAAGGUCAGUGCGCGUUUCGCCUUUGACAGUAUCCUCUUAUUUUUAUAACCACCAGGGUAUGUUGCUACACUAUUCAUUCAACGAGAGAUAUUACCGAAAAAUGAGAAUACAGAGACAGAGACUUGAUAACUUUGCGGUUUCUACCACUAUUUGAAAAUUUAAUAAAGUUUGAGCUUGAUAUUAAUUCCGAGGCGUUUUUCUUUAUUCAAUGCGAACUUUUUUACCGCGUUUUUUUCCUCUUUCAGCACCCAAUGACGCAUUUCGGCACCUAAUGACAGAUAUUCUUCGUUUCAGUUCUUCUUCUUUCAACCUGUCACAAUUUCGUCCGAGAGCUUCUAUCUUUGUCGUGAACUUCGUUUCUUUUCUUGAUAAACCAAAAGCAGCUUCAUCAUCAAAUGCCAAACAAGGGAUGACCGACGAAAUGUAGUCGUUGCCAGUACAAGACUGCUAAUGCAACAAGCAGUAGCGAACUAGAACUCAAAUUUAUGAAUGAAAGUGUUAGACCGAGAAAAC